AUGUUUGCCAAAAACUGUGUUAACAGCGUGCGUAGAGCCGCUUUGAACGGAACUUUUGUCGCUAAGAGAACCAAAGUUACCUUGCCUGAGUUGGACUGGGAUUUCAACGCUUUGGAACCUUAUAUUUCUGGUCAGAUCAAUGAAUUGCACUACACGAAGCAUCAUCAAACUUAUGUGAACGGUUUUAACACUGCUGUGGAGCAAUUGUCCGAUUUGAAAGAGCAGUUGGGAAAGGAUCCUUCUCCAACCAUUGCAAGAAAGAUUAUUGGUGUUCAGCAAAAUUUGAAAUUCCAUGGUGGUGGCUACACUAACCAUUGUUUGUUCUGGAAGAAUUUGACCCCAGAGUCUCAAGGUGGUGGUCAAUUGCCUAAGGGAGCCUUUGCAGACCAGAUCAAGCAACAAUUUGGCUCUUUGGAUAACUUGAUCAAGUUGACAAACGCCAAGUUGGCUGGUGUUCAGGGUUCUGGUUGGGCUUUCAUUGUGAGAAACUUGGAUAACGGUGGUAAGCUUGAUGUUGUGCAAACUUAUAACCAGGAUACUGUCACUGGUUCUUUGAUCCCAUUAGUCGCAAUCGAUGCUUGGGAACACGCUUAUUACUUGCAAUAUCAAAACAGAAAGGCUGAGUAUUUCGGUGCCAUCUGGAACGUUAUCAACUGGAAAGAAGCCGCCAGAAGAUACGAUAGCUGUGAGAUCAAUUGA